AUGCUGAUUCCUAUCUUUAAGAAUCCUCCUUCUAUUCCUACCCUGGCAAUUGCUCAAAUCGUUUGUUUCCUACGUCACACACGUCUGAUCAUUGAUUGGCACAAUUUUGGCUAUUCGAUUCUUGGCCUGAAGCUCGGUUCGUCCCAUCCGAUGGUGAAAACCUCAAAAUGGUACGAACAUAUGUUCAGUCAAGGCGCUACCGCACAUUUCACCGUCACAAACGCCAUGGCUCGUGUCAUUAGAGAUGAGUUUCACCUACGUGCACCCAUCAUACCCCUCCACGACCGCCCAGCCAACCACUUUCGACCCAUCGACCCACAAGACCGGGCAGCCAGCUUAGGGUCUGUUCUUCCACUCUCCGAGGCCUCCGACCCAAUUUUAAGUGGCAAGACCCGUCUCCUCGUCUCUUCGACCUCCUGGACACCCGACGAAGACUUCUCUAUCCUCCUAGAAGCACUCUGCAUCUACACCACCAAAGCUCUAACGACCCACCCUCAUCUUCCCGAGAUUCUAGCCAUCAUCACAGGCAAAGGUCCCCAGAAAGCAGCCUACGUCUCCCGUAUCGAGCAGCUCGAGGCAGAAGGAGCCCUCGAAAUGACCCGUAUCCGCACCGCAUGGCUGAGCAUACAAGACUACGCCACCCUCCUAGCAUGCGCAGAUCUAGGCGUCUCCCUCCACACUAGCAGUAGUGGCGUCGAUCUACCCAUGAAAGUCGUGGAUAUGUUUGGUGCUGGACUUCCUGUGGUGGGUUGGGAUCAGUUCGAGGCUUGGCCGGAGCUCGUUACAGAGGGUGUCAAUGGGAAGGGCUUUUCAAGCGUGGAGGGGCUGGUAGAGAACUUGACUGAGCUGUUCGGAGAUGAUGGAACGAGUCUAGCGCAGCUGAAAGACGGGGCUUUGCAAGAAAGUGGGAAGAGGUGGGAUGAUGAGUGGGAUGCUGUGGCAGGGAAAUUGCUCGAGCUGACUUAA